AUGCGCUUGUCAUUAUCGGUGCAGUCACAGGCAUCUUGUCCCAUCAAUACGUGCCGUGCCUGGCAGAAUUCUAUGCCUCCACUCGACACCCCACGGAUUGUCUGCCUUGGGCUCGAGUUCGCGGUUUUUGGACGCGUACCGGACGCCGACCGAAAGCUCUCGCCUCGGAUGCAGGCUCAGGAGUCCCCGAUCAAGGCAAACCCACUGGGGCCGGCCACACUGCAGCCGUGUACGGCCCGCCUGGUGGUGAAGAACUCCUUCCUAGAGCUGGUCGAGAGCUCGCCGAAGCUGCGGGCUCGUCGCGUCCAUGGGACAAAGAGUGAAUCCGACCUUCCGUAUCUCUACGAGCCCUACGAGCUGCCCCAUGAGUCUUUAUGUUGCAGCCCGCCCAUCAAGUGCUCAGACGCCCAUCGCAUCCUCCCCUGCUUCAAAGCCAUGGCUCUCCCGAUGAAGACCAUGAAGAAGGCAAUGAAGGGCGCCAUGAAGGCAAAGGCCAUGAAGGCCAAACCGAUGAAGGCAAUGAAAAAGAAGACCAUCAGCAAGAUCGCGCGGGGCAAACUCGCGAAGUCGGUGGUCUUCAACGGCAGGAAGGAGAAGACCUACACUGGCCUCCACAAGACGGACUUGAUGAAGAAUAAGGACGGCCGCAUUGUCACCAAGAAGCAGCACGCCAAGGGCAAGGCCCUGUUCCAGCAGUUCGCAAAGAAAUGGGUCGAUGCGGUCAGCGCGGCGAGGAAGGAACUCGGCCUGAAGGGAUUCUGCGCGGUUGGCGGCAAGAGCGCCCAGGGAAAGGCGCUCUAUGCCAAGGCGAAGGCGAUUUACGCAGCUUAA